GAUUUGCUGUGUUUGCCUUUUUCUACACAGUCGAAAGUAACGAGAUUUGUGCGACUUAGGAAUGAUAAAGUAGUUUGGAAAUGUUCUGUUAGCAAAGAGCCCAGGACUAUACUUCCAUUUUUGAUAUCUCCAAAGUUGCAAACAUCCUGAUAAAUGCCUUGGUUUUUCCAUUUCCUUUCGUAAUUCAGACAGCGUUCGUAGAUGUUCCGAUUUAAACCAGUUAACACUACGCUACCAAUAUUACGUACCUAAACCAUAAAUGUCAUACCUCUAUCUUGCGUAAAUACCAAGUACCAACAAAUACUACACGCAAUUUAACGGUUAGUCUGGUAGCUGGUACCUAAAUUAUUGAAGACAUUUACUUAGUAUACAGUAACGCGAAUUGUUUAGGUACUUAAAUCUGCUUUGUGACAAUUGUCCAAGUGAUGGCAAUUGCAAUACUUCCUUUGAUUGUACUAGUAGGAGUCACAGGAUCGACGCUCUCCGAAACCAAUUUAUUAGCACCUCGCAGCUAUUGCGGAUUUCAACACAUUGACGAUUACGCAAGGGAUAACGACAAUGUCACCUUAGAUGAAUUUCCAUGGAUUGCACUUUUACUGGAUGGUGCAACUAAAGACUUAAAAUGUGCGGGAACAUUGAUCAAUCGCCGUUACGUAAUGACCGUCGCACAUUGCGUGGCUGGUCUCUGGAGCAGAAACCUAGUUGCUCGCCUAGGCGAAUUUAAUGUUAUGACCGACGUCGAUUGCAUCGAUCACACGAUGUUCGGUAGAGAAUGCAGUGAUCCCGUUCAAGAAUAUAGCGCGGAAGAGGUUACUUUGCACCCAGAAUAUAUGCCCAGUACUACUUACAAUGAUAUUGCGUUGGUUCGGCUUUCCAGGGAUGUUGAAUAUUCAGAGUAUAUUCGGCCCAUUUGUCUACCCAGAUCAAAGGAGCUUGAUUUAAACGAAGGAGUUCAAUUGGCAGCGUCCGGUUGGGGGGCAGAAAUUGAUGAAGUACCACCGGUCGUUAGGAAAACGAAAUUUGCGGCACGGUUGUUACCUAUUCCCGUGUGCUUUAAGAUGAGAAUGUUCCUUGCAAGCAAUGAUCAUCUAUGUGCUUAUGAAGUACGUGAAACUUCUCCUUGCGCCCGUGAAGUUGGAAGCCCUCUCAUGAUAUCUGUAAAAAAUCAAUGGGAACAAGUUGGUAUGGUUUCAUUUACUUCUAAGUGUGGUGUGGAUAUUCCAACAGUUUUUGUGAAAAUAGCCAGGUAUAUAGAUUGGGUUAACGAAAAUGUAAGACCAUAGAAAGUAAGGUGUGUUAUUGUGUAAAAAUAUUUUUUAUAUACAAUGACGAAAAAAUAAAUAAAUUCAAAUUUCCAUUUCCAUUUUA